GGCUCCGUUUUGGGGUUUUAGGUCUGAUGUCUUUCUGAAGCAAGCGGUGAAUAAACCGACCCGACCCGCUUCCCCCCGAGCCCACCCGGACCCGACCGUAAAGGGCGGCUGAUGAUGAUAUAUUAAAGACAACCGAAGUUGAACAGAUUGAAAAAACAAAUUCCGUUGGCCUUCUCUUGAAGAAAGAAAUCAAUCUCGCUCUCUUUCGGCAUCAAACAUGUUAACAGUAAGCGUGAAGUGGCAGAAGAAGGUGUUUAAAAGCAUCGAGAUUGAUACUAGCCAACCUCCUUAUGUGUUCAAGGCUCAGUUGUAUGAAUUGAGCGGAGUGCCACCAGAACGGCAAAAGAUUAUGGUCAAGGGUGGACUUUUGAAGGAUGAUGCAGAUUGGUCCACAAUGCGACUGAAAAAUGGUCAAAAAUUGAUGAUGAUGGGAAGUGCGGAUGAAGUAGUGAAGGCUCCUGAGAAAGGUCCUGUUUUUAUGGAGGAUCUCCCUGAAGAAGAGCAAGACGCUAAUCUGGGUUACAGUGCUGGCCUAGUCAAUCUUGGCCACACCUGUUACAUGAACUCCACGAUGCAGUGUUUAAAAUCUGUCCCGGAGUUGAACUCUGAAUUAUCCAAUUACCAAUCUGCUCGAACCAAGGAUGUGGAUCAGACUCCUGACAUGCUCACAGUUGCAACCAGUGAGCUAUUUAGUGAGCUUGAUAAAAGUGUCAAGGCUGUUGCACCUAUGCCGUUCUGGAUGGAGUUGAAAAAAAAGUAUCCUCAGUUUGCCCAGUUGCAUAACGGAAAUUACAUGCAACAGGAUGCUGAAGAAUGUUGGACACAGAUGUUGGACACUCUUUCCCAGUCCUUAAAAGCACCAUCGCCUAGCGAAGAUCCUGAUGCUGUGAAGGCCCUUUUUGGUCUCAACCUUCGGAGCAGGUUGCAUUGCCAAGAAAGUAGCGAAGAAAGUUCAGAGACAGAAUCUGUCUAUUCUCUAAAAUGUCAUAUAUCACAUGAGGUCAACCACUUGCACGAAGGAUUAAAACAUGGACUGAGAGGAGAGCUUGAAAAAACAUCUCCUGCUCUCGGUCGUACUGCAGUUUACAUUAAGGAGUCUCUUAUAGAUUCCUUGCCAAGGUACUUGACUGUUCAGUUUGUGAGAUUCUUCUGGAAAAGAGAGAGUAAUGAGAAAGCAAAAAUUCUCCGGAAAGUGGAUUAUCCGCUGGAGUUGGAUAUAUUUGACCUUUGUUCUGAGGAUCUUCGAAAGAAAUUGGAAGCUCCUCGCCAGAGCAGCUCGAAGGGUGACGAUGUGAAAAUGACUGAUGCUGAGGGAUCGUCAAGCGGAAGUGGCGAAUCAUCCACAGGCGACCAACAAGGAGGUGCUUUAUCUCACAUGACCGGAAUCUAUGACCUGGUCUCGUUGGUUACCCACAAAGGCAGGAGCGCAGACUCUGGGCAUUAUGUUGCAUGGGUCAAGCAAGAGAGUGAGGUCUUGAUAUCG